AUUCGACCUUCUGCUUCUUUAAUUGUUGCAGCACCUAUGCCUAAAGAAGAAGUCAGAGAUGGAACAAAUUAUCGUAUUCUAAUGAUGAAAAGAAAUGCCAAAAGCAGUUUUAUAAAUGCGCAUGUAUAUCCAGGUGGUAUAGUUGAUAAAGCUGACCAUUAUUCAAACUGGAUAGAUGGUAAACUCGCGAAUGAAAAAGAAGGCUACAUGCUGACAAACAAAAUAUGUGCUAUUCGUGAAACUUUUGAAGAGUCAGGCUUGUUGUUGACCACACCUCCUUCGAACACAAUUAAAGAACUCGAUGUAAAUAAGUGGAAACACAAAGUACAUCAAGACGCUUCUCAGUUUAAAGUGAUGUGCGAUAAAUAUCAAGUUCGUCCAGCAGUGAAUGCUUUGAUUCCAUUCACUAACUGGAUUACACCUGUCAUGGAAAAGAAGAGAUAUAACACCGUGUUCUUCUUGACCAUAUUAGAAGAGUUCAAAACAAAGAAAGAACAGGAUUUGCAUUUGAGCAUGGUUGCUGCUGAUGGAAAAGAAACUGUUAUGUUUGAUUGGUUUCAACCAGAAGAAGCACUU